CACUGUAAUCGAACAUAACCUAAAAAAAAAUAUGGUUAAAGCGUAAACACUUGAAAUAAUUGCAUUUUUAUUCCAAAAAUGACCAAACUGAUGGAAUGGCUCUUCGCCGUGGGUACCCUAGGGACGAUCUGGCUCGCCCUAAUCACUAACACCAUAGAAAACUCUUUUGUCAGAGACCAUUACACUUUGUUGCUUCUAUCGCCUGUUAUACUGGUGGGACUUUUCGGGCUGGGUAGCCUUGCACUGGUACUCUACAGAGUCUAUACUUUUAACAACUGUGAUGAGGCAGCAGUGGAUUUGCAAAAAGAGAUAAUCGAAGCAAAGGAGGACCUUAAACGAUUAGGAUUUAAAUUUAAAGAUUAGCAUUAGAGAAGAUUUGAUAAGUGUGUAAUUUAUAUAUGGGGUGUGUGUGCUCCAAGUGUCCAAUAUUUCAGGUAAAAAGUUCUUAUAUCAGGCAAAUGAAUCCACAUCCUGGAGUUCCAGGCAGAAGAGAUAUUUCGACUGCCUGGAAUCAGAAAGUAGUGUCUUGGUUCCUGAUUUUUUGUAUAACCUUAAUAAAUCAAAAAUCUUGAAAAUCAUACAUAUAUAGGAACUUUCGGCUUCAAAAAUCACUCUGUGAAAUAUCGGACACUUAUUAAAUAGCACCCCGCAGAUGUCUUGUACAUAGUUUUAUAUUGUCAUAUAACUAAUGAAAGUAGAAAUUUUUUUUUUCAAAUUUAUUAAUCAUUUUGGUUAUAUUAUAACAAAAUUUUUUUUAACUUAAUAUACUCAAUAAUAAUAGUUAA